AUGUUGCGCCCUGCGACUCCCUUAUCGAUACUAUUCUUCGUCGCAUUCGUGCUGCUGCUGCUCUCGACGCUGUCGACGCCCCUCAUCAAGAGCAUCCCCCUCGCUACCUACCGCGGCGUACACUUUGGCGUCCUCGGCUACUGCGAGAAUGGCGACCAAGGGUGUAAAGGACCCAUGAUCGGGUACAACACUGAGAAACUAUUUGCAGGCGAAGACAGCUCCGACUUCUCGCUACCCUCCGCCCAGCGCCAUGCCCUCUCCUCCAUCCUCAUUGUGCACCCCGUCGCAGCCCUCAUGACGCUGAUAUGCUUCGGGCUCUCCGUUGCAGCCCACUUCCACUCGCCCGCUCAUUCCCCGCGUUACCUGCUCGCUCUGCUCAUAUUCACGUUCCCAACUCUUCUCGUCUCACUGCUCGCUUUCCUUGUUGACAUCCUGCUGUUCGUUCCGCAUGUGGGCUGGGGUGGGUGGAUUGUCCUUGGUGCUACCAUUAUCAUCGUCGCAAGUGGCAUCGUCACCUGUGCUAUGAGGCGCACACUGGUCAGUCGCAAGGCGCGCAAGAGGCGCAUCGCCGAGAACGAUGAGAUGAACGGCCAGACUUACUAUGCGAAUCGCAACAACGCGACUGUCACUACCGAGUUUCCCAAGGCUGAAUCGCCACCUCCUCUAUCUGGCGAAACAAUAACAUCUGGAGGCAUGCCGAAUGGCAAUGCGGCCUACUUUGACUCUUCCAAGGCAUCGCCGACCGACGACAUGACGCCUCUGAACCAGCGCAAUCCUUCGCUCAAGACAGUCAGCAGUGGAGGGGACCGCUCAGACAACAUGAACCCUCCGAAUCGCGGUCCCUCUGGUCGUCGACAGCCGAUGGACCAGUACGGCAACCCUGUUCCACCCAUGCCAAACGAUGGAUUCGCCAUGAUGAACGGUGCACCACGCGGAAGAGGAGGUCCAAUGAGGGGUCGAGGAGGCCCACCAAGAGGCGGACAGUACGGUGCUCCAAGAGGAGGAGGCUACGGACCAAGGGGUGGCAUGCGAGGACCUCCACCACCAGGAUGGAAUGGUGGCGGACGAGGUGGACGACCUCCGAAUGGACCUCCAAUGCAAGGUCAGCAGCCAAUGGGUCGCGGAGCGCCUCCGCCAGGAUACAACAACAACAACUUCUACAACCAAGGGCCGCCGCCCCGUGAGCAGUCACCGUAUGGCAGAGCUCCACCGCCUGGUCAGGGGCCACCGUUGCCAAUCGGCCAAGCCAUCGAGAUGGACAACCGCACAGGUACACCUCCGACAAACUACGGACUAAGAGAAAGUGAUGGCGACGUUGCAGGCAUGCUUGCUCUUCAACAGGGUGGUUUCCCUGCCGGUGCCCCCCAAAGGCGGCCAUCUGAUGGCAUUAUGAGCCCAACCAGCGAGUACUCCACAGAUGAAUCAGCAUUACGGCCACCGCCUCUACAGCAACAACAGCAACCACCAAUGCCACAACAGCAGCAAUAUAUGCCAGUGCGAGCAGGAUGGAAUCAACAACAGGUUCCAUCGGACCAGACACUCAGCACUUUGAACAACAGUAGCCGCGGUCUGUCGCCAAUCCAAGACUCGCCUGUUGAAAUGCCUGCUCAGACGUCCCAAGUCGGUGGUCCUAACAGAGUAGAACGCAGUUCCGAUUACUACGAAGAUGUAGAUCCCAGGUUCGCAGAGCCCCCACAAGUUCACGCACCUCCCCCACUACCGAGCUCCCUCAUGCCUGGUGGUUUCGCUCCACCCAACCCCAACUUUCUUUCCACAACCAACUCCAGCGACACCAACCUCCCACGCAACAGUUCCUACGAUGACUUACCGGAAGGCGCACGCUCACCCGCCGCAAGUGAGGCCUCACACUUCACCUCCGUCUCACAACGUCCCGUCAACCCCAACUGGCGACCCGAAAUGGGUGCCGCAGCUGGUCAAUUCGCGCCUUUCCCUGGCCCACGUAGACCAAUGCGCCAGGAAGAUGUCAUUCUAGAAGCCAAUGCCGCGAAUCCCGACUUUGCUAUUCCUGGCGCUGGUCGCGGUCGCGGUCGAGGACGGGGUGGCCCUGGUGGUGGUGGUGGUGGUGGUGGUGGCAGAGGAAGAGGGGGUCCUAUGAUGAUGCCUCCUGCUACUAUGAUGGGACCUGGACCUGGGUUGUCGAAUCAAUCAAGAUAUCCGGGUGCUAAUGCCAUGUAG